AAUAUAAAAGUCAUCAUUGUCACUGUCAACAUCAAUUUUGCGACAUAUCUUUCUUUGAAUACAAUAUUUUGAUUAUUUUUCUACGACUUAAAUAAAAUAAUGUUUAAAAGUGAUUACCAGGCGACAACCUUGUCGGAUUUAAUUAAACGAGGUUUCUUCGAAUCUGUUUAUGCGAAGAGUAAUCCAAAUUCUUGUACGACUUCUCCGAGGCGUAAUUCUGGUACCGUCGAGGCAGCGGAAGUGAAGGCUAGGGAUUGCGCCUGCCCUCCGCCAAUCCCGCCAUGUUCUUCCGGUAACCGCGGGAAAACCGGAGCGGGGGUUUCCGGUUCCCGUAACCAGCCGCAAGGCGACAGGGACCCUAAUAGCGAGCUGCCUCUGGGCGCGACCAACCCGGGCUUGCUCAGAUACAUCCACAAUGCGGCCCGCUACAGAAUACCCCAAUGCUUUGAGGGUGCUUCGAUUGCUGUUAAACAGGACACCAAAGAAAACUGGAUGCUCGGCCACACAAUGUCCUUCAGUUCAGUGUCACCAGGCGGCUACAAGUUGUUACUAUCGUACAUGGACAAGAGCAAGCCAUCAAGGCUGCCCUACUUCGUGAUGGAGGCGGCACCAGGCGGACAAAUGAGCUGCGAGGUCCGAGUGGGGCCCUCCGAAAGCACCCGGGCCACGGUGGUCGCGCAAAUUGCUGACCGAGAGAUUUAUAGCUUUGAGAGCAUUUUUGACGCCUACUUUUAUAAUUGCACGGCUUCUGUGAUUGCUGUCAAUCGGGAUUUUAUUGCUUUACAUUAUCUUCAGGCGAUAACAGAUAAAAUAUCACUGGGAGCAGAAUUCGUGUCCCGCGUACAAGCGACAGAGCUCAGCUCAGCAUCAGCCGCAGCGCGCUAUAUGACUAAGGAGUAUUCUGCGAGCGCCACCCUGGGCAGUCGAGGCUUGGAUGUGUGCUACGCGCGUGCCAUCGCACCGCACCUUACUGUCGCGGGGAUGCUUGAGGUCGGCUUCGCAAUCCGACGCGCCGUAGCGACUUUAGCGUACGAAUGGCGAGCGGAUGAAUGGACGGUCCGCGGUUCAGCCGACUCGGACGGACUAGUCGGCGCCACGCUGCAGCGCGCCCUCGGCGGCAAGCAGUCCAAGCUGGCUUGCGAGAUAUCCGCGCUGCUGAACCACCCUAACAACAAGUUCCGACUCGGCUUCGGGGUCACUGCUGCUGUUGUCUAGACUGCAAUGCGUCGUGGAUUACAUGAUUCAUUGUUUUUCGAAGGUCGGCUAUUCGCCGAGGCAAGCGGUCCGCGAUGGCUUGUGAGAUAUUCGCGCUGCUCAACCACCCUAGUAACAAGUUCCGGUUCGGCUUCGGACUUUUUGUGGAAGUAACCGAAGGAAUAUUCAAGAUACUUAUGCGUUCAAUUUAUUAGGGUAAAACAAGGUAGGAGAGACUCUAUAGAGUACGACCAAAAAUUGUUGACUAUGAAGCUUAGCUGGUUAAUAUCUACAUUAUAACUACUAUAUGUAUGUUUCGUACUCGAGUAAGUACCAAACUAGUUGCCUUUUACUGAUACAUUUUAUGGCAGCUACUUAAUUAAUUGAAAAGCAUGUAGUUUUUUUAUAUUUUAAAAAUAAUACCUAUUUAUGUUUUUAUAUUGAUACGUUACCUGUUUACUAAAAUAUGAAAUUUCUUGUACCCUAUGAUCUUGAGUAUUAUCUAAGUAUUUCUUUAGGUACAAGUACCUUAGUAGGUAGGUACCUAUCUACUUACAUUAAAGCAUUGCACGGGGUACUUAGAUAGGCACUUACUAUACAAAAUAUAAUCAUUAGCUAAACGUAAAAACGUUUUUGACAUCAUAUUCAAAAAUAGUGAUUAUUUUUUGUAAAGUAACUAAAUGUGAUUACACGGGAAUGGUUCUGAUUCAAUAUUAUUCACCAUCCACUACAUUAGAUUAAUCCAAAUAAUUUACGGCACGUUCUUUGAAUGUUAAUUAUAAUUAUUAUACCCUUAUUUUUAUAAGAGUUUACGAAA